ACUUUGAUUUGGGUCUGCCGGCGAGCGCUGGAAUCUCCCUUCUCAUACUCCGUUCCCUGUGAAAGAAACGAGAGCCAGUAUCUUUCUUUCCAAAUCCCGUCUUUCUCUACUCCGUUGCGAUACGGUUCCGGUGUUGUAUAGCUUUGUUGAUUGCGUGGUUGUCGCCGCACUUGCCAGUGGACUCACCUUAAGGAAUUUUUUUCCCCCCCGGAGUCUCGGACCCGUCGCCUUGGUCGAUAUUUUGACGCUCACGCCACUCACUUCACCGUCCUUUUAUUAUCGGCUCCCACCGCGAUUCCCCGCUACUCGUCCAAAGGCAUUCGUCGCAUUUGCAGUGUCUGUGGUUACCCUUCCUCGCCCAGUUGCAGCAUCUUUGCCUCAGUCCCUUCGGGUAUCAAGCUGUACAUCCGCCAUGCCUGGAAAGGUACUCCCCGUGUUCACCCCGGCCGAGAUCGAACUCCAUAACAACGCCAAGUCAUGCUAUGUGACGUUGGGAUCCAAAGUCUACGAUGUCACUGAGUUUGUGGACGGUCACCCCGGGGGUGAAGACCUCGUCCUUGAGUAUGCCGGCAAAGACGUAACUGAAAUCUUGCGCGACGAGUCCUCCCACGUCCACUCCGACUCGGCUUAUGAAAUACUGGAGGAGUGCCAUAUCGGCUUUGUGGCUUCCGAAUUCAAUGGGAAGGCUCGAACGGUUGAUGCAUCACAAACACUGCAAGUGGCGAAUGGUUCUGGAGCAGUCUAUGCCACGACCGGCAUGUCCUGUGAAGAAGACCUGUCUGUCGAUACAGACUACACCCGAGACUUCCAGACGCACAAGUUCCUCGACCUCAGCAAGCCCCUUCUCAAACAACUUUGGUUUAGUGGCUUCAGCAAAGAAUUCUAUCUUGAACAGAUUCAUCGCCCGCGUCACUACAAAGGAGGGGAGUCUGCGCCCUUGUUCGGCAACUUUCUGGAGCCACUCAGCAAGACCGCAUGGUAUGUCGUCCCCAUCAUGUGGCUCCCACCUGUCGCCUACGGCACCUUUGUUGGGUUUUCGGGGCUUGCGAAUGCGCCUGCUGCUGCUGGAUACUGGGUCGGUGGGCUCUUCCUUUGGACUCUAAUCGAGUAUUUGAUGCAUCGAUUUCUGUUCCACAUUGAUCACUAUCUUCCUGACAAUCGUGUUGGACUGACUCUCCACUUCUUGCUCCACGGUAUUCAUCACUACUUGCCGAUGGACAAGUAUCGCUUGGUCAUGCCCCCAACUCUCUUUGUUGUAUUGGCAACGCCAUUCUGGAAGCUUGCUCAUGCUGUCUUCUUCUACAAUUGGUAUGCUGCUUUGACAGUGUAUUGUGGCGGUAUCUUCGGCUACAUCUGCUACGACAUGACCCACUACUUCCUUCAUCACCGCAAUCUUCCCAUGUACUACAAGCAACUUAAAAAGUAUCAUCUUCAGCACCACUUCGCAGACUUUGACAAUGGUUUUGGUGUCACCAGCCGCUUCUGGGAUCAGGUGUUUGGCACGGAGCUGGAGACUCCCGCCCUCAAGGGUGCGAAGGCCCAGUGA